GCUCUCGGGGGAGUCGGCCCCGUCCCGGGGCUCCGCGUGCCCCGCCCGGCUCGGAGCCGCUGUGCCGCGGAUGGGACGCUGACGCCGCUCCGGGAUGGGAGCCCGCAGCCCUCAGCCUGAUGUGGGCACCGCGGUGUGCGUGGCUGCGGGUCCCGGCCCCUCUGCCCUCCGCCACGGACGGGUCGGGCCGGGCCGAGCCCCGUCCUUCCCUUCCAGCCGGUGGGGCCCACGGGCGGUGGCCGGGGCUGCGUGCUGACCCCGCAGCGCGGCGAGGGAUGGGGAUCCUGCCCAGCCGGGAGAAGCCGCUCAGCGCCGCACCGUCGGCCGCCGUCCCCGCGCCGUCCCCGCUGCCCACACAGGCAGCCCCGGGCGGAUUCCAGGCGCUGGCUCUGUGUGAUUUCCCCUCCGGCGCGGGCGCGACCGCUGUGCUGAGGAUGGGCGAGCAGCUCCGCGUCCUCUCUGAGGACGGGGAGUGGUGGCUGGUGGCAUCCCAGGUGUCCGGCAAGGAGUGCCUCAUCCCCAGCAGCUGCGUGGCCAAAGUGCGGCACAGGUGGCUGUAUGAGGGCGUGAGUCGGGAGAAAGCGGAGGAGCUGCUGCUGCAGCCAGGCAACCACAGCGGAGCCUUCCUGAUCCGUGAGAGUCAGACGCGGAGAGGCGGUUUCUCACUGUCGGUGCGGCGCACUGAGCUCGCCUCAUGGGAUGCAGUCACGCAUUACCGCAUCCACCGCCUGGAGAACGGCUGGCUCUACAUCUCACCACGCCUCACCUUCCCCAGCCUGCACGACCUCGUGGACCACUACAGCGAGUGUGGGGAGGGUCUGUGCUGCACCCUCAGGGAGCCCUGCGUCAUGGAGGUGGCAAAGGCAGUGCCUGCCCUGGUCCGGCCCGCCGUGGUGCAGAAGCCAACGCUCAACUGGAACAAGAUUGACAGCUCCGUCCUGCUCUCAGAGGCUGUGCCACCUCCAGGGGAGGGGGAUGAGGACUCCCCCAUCAGCCUGGGCCUGCGGGAAGCCAUCAGCUCCUACCUGCUACUGACCGAUGGUGUGGAUCCAGAGACUGACCCUGUGGGGAAGGGGGCAAAGAGCAGCUGAGAGCACAGCCACCACAGCCCCCGGGAUGGGCACCCAGGCCUGCCCCACUGUGGGCUGCUGGGCCCUGAGCAGCACCCAGAGGGCACAGGCUGUGGCCCUGUAGUGAGGGCACACGCCUGGUGGUAGCCACACUGGCAGUGGUGCAGCUGCUGCAGGAGCUGGGACAGAGCCCAGGGCUGCAGGCUGAGCCCAUGCAGAGGCACAGCCCCACAGCACCUACACGUGGGGCUCCGUCAGCACAGAGCCUGGGCCCCCAGAGCCCCUCGGCACGACUGGAGCAGCUCUGCCCCACAGCAGUGGCAGGAAGCCACCCUUACCUCACCCCACAGAGGCAUUUAAAGCUUUAACUCAUCCAUUAAACAGGAUCAUGCAGGGCACACAGCAACACCUGUUUGUAAUGUCUUAAUUAGGGGCUUUAGGGGGAUAACUUCAGCACCACUGCACUGAGGCACACAGAGCAGCCCUGCAGCUCAAGCAGCCUUUGCUAUAACCAAAACUCUGUGGGAGGACCAACACAACUUGAGGACCAUGUGGGAGAAGGGACAGCUCAGCAGUGCCACACCAAACCCCAGCAGUGGUGUAAACACAUCAGAGCAGUGCCAUGGCUGACAGCAGCCCCUCAUUGCGCACAGCAGUGGCACAGAGCCUGGAAACCUCUGCUGCACCCUUUCAGAGCUCACAGAGGCUGCUGUGGCAGCACCCGACCCAUUUCCUGCCCCCGACACGCUCUGCUCUCUCCAUUUUCAUGUCUCACUGCUGGGCUAAGGCAGCCCAGCGCACUCUCUCGGUUCCCCAGGUGCAGCCACAUGCAGGGGUUGCCCGGAGGCCCCGCUCAACUCCACCCCUCUACCCCCCUAUCUGCUGCCAUCACCCCUCUGGGACAGAAAUCUCAAUCUCCCCCACCCCCCUACAUUUUAAAUACCUAAAAGGAACACUGUAGGCAGAGGAGCUGUCACUGCACACGGCUCAUCGUUCACACAGCA